AUGGGCUGUAUUCUGGACUCGGGCCGUGGCCUCAUUCCUGCCUGGGGGAUGCUUCUACUAACAGGUGUCCUGCUUGCCUCCUGCACCUGCUCACCCACCUCCAAGCUGCCCCAGAUGGAAGGAGCUGGCACCCACCUGCUUGUUCCUGGAGCCCUUGAGGGAGUUCUCAGCACUUCAAGGUUCCAAGAGCAUGAAGCCCAGCCGCCAGCCAUGUCCUCUCCCGAGGGCCUCCCGGGACUUCCUCGCACUGGCCAAGAGGUGCCUCACACUGAAGAUAACAACCCCAGCCUGAUCCCACUGGUGACCUUUCCAGAGGCUUUCAAAGGCAUAAUCUACAGUGACCUUAACUACUCUGUGAUCCUGCAGUGGGUGGCCAUCAUGGACCCAGAACCUGUGCUGAGCUGGACAUUUAAUGGGAAGCCAUGCGGAACUGGGGAGAAGCUAUUUAUCCGGCGACUGUCCCCAAAUCAGUUGGGCACAUAUCUGUGCAUAGCCAAGAACACAGACAAAGAGCUGGUAUCUGAGCCGGUGACUGUCUCAUUGAGCCAAGCCACCGUGGCUCCCACAGCUCCGGCCCCCACAGCUGCUUAUCCUAUGAAACCAAACGACUACCUGUCCCUCUCAGGAGGAUCUGCCAUAGCCCUCAUCGUAGUGGCCACCCUGGGAGGCCUCGUACUGAUCGGAGCUGUCUGCUUCUAUUUAGUCCUGGCAGUUAAGGUAAUUCUACCAGUGGAAUAA